AUGCAUAAUCACACGUUCGCUGUUCGGUGCAGCCGGCUUGAGUAAAUUUUUGAAUCAUAACAAUGGACAGUUUGCAACCUACAAUGUGACUUUGAAUCGAUGCAGUUAUCAGUAAGUGUUGCCACACUUAUCAAACCAAACAGUUUUGAAGUAAAUUGAUAAAAAGAAUCAUGACAUCAUCGUCUGAGUGCAGUCAAGUUUGCAGAGUUGUUGUCCACCAGGCAAGGCACCUGGUUGCCAAAGGUGCUGAUGGAACGUGGAGCAGCGCUUUUGUCAAGAUGAGCUGCGGCAAGGAACGUUUCAUGACCUCUGUCACGGACAAAUCGCCCAAUCCACAAUGGAAUGAAGACUGUGAAUUUGCCAUCACUAAAGAAGACUCAUGCGUCGAGCUGCUGGUUUAUCACCGGGGCAAGUUGUUGGAUAUUUUCCUAGGCAUGGUCACGAUCCCUAUAGGGAAGCUGCAGGAAUCACAUGCUGCCAUUACAAAAUGGUACAAGCUGCAAAACCGACCAGGCAAAUCCAAGAAGGAACACAAAGACCGCGGAGAGAUCGAAGUCACCGUAGAGGUCACAGAAGACAGUAUGGAGUCAUUGGCCAUAGGAGUAGACUGUGAUGGGUCAGAGGUUAUAGGUCAAGAGAGUACAAAGGCUAAAAGGUCAUCCUCACUGCGUUCAAAGUCACCAGGGUUAAAGAGCAAGUUAAAAGUCCCUCGUUUAAAAAGCUAUACAGCAGUCAACAAGGACGACAGCGCAGUACCAGAGUUUAUCAGCGGAAGGGAGAAGUCAGACUCAAAUGACAGUGGAAGGGCAUCAGACUCCAUUGCUUCGGAGAGCCCAGUUUCAGAGAGGAGGCUAUCCCACAAUGCAGAGGGAAACUUUGGCUCCCAGGAGUCUGUGGGCAGUGGUGGAUCGCACUCCAAGGAUAAGAAGGGAGGGCUCAGGAAAAGAAUGAAGAGCGCUAUUGGCUCGUUGAAAAGAGAUAAGACCCAUAGCAAGGAUCCAUCACACAGUCCGUACAGCAGUGAGUCAAGCCUGCCCUCCCCAUCCCCUGACACACACCCUCACACACCCCACGACGCCCAUCCUGAUAACACACCAUCAUCAUCAUCAUCAUCAUCAUUACCAUGGCAAUACCUGCGGAACAUAACCCACCGAAACCACACAGCCUCCACCUCGGAACUUUACACCCCUGCCCCUAAAGCUGCCCGCCCCCUAUCGUACCCCUUGAGGUCCAUCUCGGAGGAAUACAUCCCCCUGGAGGUCUUGAACUCUUACAGAGGUCAAAGGGCAGGGGGCGGAGUCUGUCAGAAACUAGAUGGCGGAGAAAUGCCAGAGCAGAGGGAUGAAGAUAACAGUGAGCAACGAUCAAGGGACAGUAAGUUGAGGCAUUCAUUUCGCAGUGGUCUACCUUCUCUACGCAAGAGCAAUGUCAGUGUGACCUUUGACCCAAGCAAGGAGACCGGAUACGGGACCAGUGCUAAGGAAGAGUUAUACGAGGAGCCGUUACCAGCGCAAUAUGUGAAGAUGACCAAAGAGGGACUGAUCCGUCGGCUCUUGCUGAAGGAGCGACUACUGCGUGAGCGGCAGCAGUACAUUCGAGAGCUAGAAGACUACACAGACAACCUGCUCCUGAAAGUCAUUCUGGAAAGCCCCAGGCUGCUGGAUAGGGACUUCCAUUUCAGGAUAGCCAAGACUAAACGGUAAUGUCUUGAUGCAAGUUGGUUGACAGGCUUCCAUCUGUAGACGGUUACAACUUAAUGUUUUGUCUCAACCAUCUCAAUCUGCUGCUGAUAGUUACAUGUAUAGUAGAAAGAUCUAGAUUAAUAAACAAAGAUUUUUUAUCCCAACAUUGUCAACACCAAACAGUAAUGUCUUAAUCAGGAAAAUCUGCUUCUGAAAGUCGUGCUUGCCACCUUUUAAGUUGGUUGACAGACUUUCCUCACAAGGUAGUAAUAACUAAACAGUAAUUGACAACCUGUUGCUCAAAGUCCUGUUAGAAAGCUGUAGGUUGGUUAACAGACUUCCAUCCGGCGAUUGUAAAGACUAAACAGUAAUGUUAUAAGAUUUGAGGCUUUGCAUGGUGGGGUAUCUGUAUCGUUUCGGUUUGCGG